AUGGCUUUUGACGACCCAUUUAAUGCUCGUAAUAAUAAUCUUGAUGAUGGUACAUCCGAUAAUUUCUAUAAUUUUAAUGAAGAAGAUCCUGCUGCUGAAUUUCUUGAACGUGAAAAACGUGAAUUAGCGGACAUUACAGGUGAUACAAAUGCUAAUAUAUUUACUGAUCAAUUUGAUACAAGUUCAAAUACUAGUAAUCUUCGUACAAACGGUGUAUAUUCACCGAAUGUAAAUCUAGGUGGAAGUUAUUCUCCAACACCAUCACGUGAUUCACCAUAUCAAUCAUUAUCGGAUUUUAGUGAACAAAUGAAUGAACCGGAAAAAAUUCGAAAAUGGAGAGAAGAAUUUUCAACACGUAUUAAUAAAAAAGAUACAGAAGAAGAAAUAAAACGUAAAGAAAUGCGUGAACAAGCUAAAAAAGAAUUAGAUGAUUUUUAUAAACAACGUACUGAACAAUUAGAACGUACAAAAGGACAAAAUCGUUCAAAUAAUCGUACAUUAGAAGAUGAUCUUUUCAAUAAUCGUAAUACAUCAAUAAUAUCAAAUGGUAAAGUUAGUGAUUGGGAUAAAAUAACAAGUUUAUGUGAAUUUAAUCCAAAAAAUAAUCGUGCACAAAAAGAUUUAACACGUUAUAGAAGUGUUUUACUUCAAUUAAAACAACAACAAACAAAUGAUACUCGACGAUAUGCUGGGCAUGCUCAUUGGCAAAAUACUGCAAAAACUAAAGCUGCUAAUGAUCAAAUAAAAUCACGCGUUAUCGAAAAAUUAUCUAGUAAAAUUGUGACAGUUAUUCGACAGAAUGGUAAUGUUACUGAUUCACAAUAUAAUGCUGUAUUACGUGCAACAUUAGAAGAAUGUCGUAAAAAUAAUAUGCCAAAAGAAACAAUCGAUCGAACAAUUAAACGAGCUAUUGCUCAAAAAGAUAAUAUGAAACAAGUUAUUUUUGAAUUUAUUGGUCCUGGUCGAGCUUUAUGUCUUACUGAAGUUAUGACUGGUAAUUCAAAACGUGCAUUUAAUUAUCUAAAUAAAAAUGCAGCUAAAAUUGGUAUUCCUGAAAUAGCUAAAAGUGGACAAAUUGCUGAAUAUUUUGAUCAACGUGAUUAUGCUUGUAUUGAAAAAUCAAAUACAAACGAAGAGAAAGGUACUAAAUUAGCGAUUGAAAUUAAUGCUGAAGAAGUUAUUCAAGCAAUUGAUGAUGAUGAUGAUGAACGAGAAGUAUGGAAAUUUCUUGGUCCACCAACAUUCUAUGGUCAAAUGAAAGCUAAUUUAACUCAAGGUGGUUAUACAGUAACAUCUGAUGGUUCAGAAUUUAUUCCUAAAGUAACUGUACCAUUAAAUGAACGUGAUAAAAUUCUAUUAAAACAAAUUAUAAAUAUGUUUGAAGAUCUUGAACAAGUUGAAGGUGUUCAUACUAAUGAAAAUGAAAAAGCUCAAUUAAUAUUUAUCGAUAAUAGUGAAACAUGUCAAAUAAAUAUAAACUUAAUUCAACCAUCAAAUAGUAAAUUUAGUGGUCGACCAGCACAAGUACAUGUUUUAUCAUUGACACAAAAUGAUAAAUGUGGAUAG